CCUCUUAUCAUAUCCAGAUGCGAGAUGGGUUGCACAUCAGAGAAUGGGCCUUCCGACGCUGCUGGCUUGUGUGGCAGGAUUCACUGUGAGCAGUGCGCAGUCAGACUCAGAGUGUUGGAUUGAAGAAUUCAACGAGCAAUUUUGCUGUGGUGACCAGUGGGGUCUCACAGGCAAUCCAGCCUGCUGGAACGAGGAGUUCUCGUACCUCAGAUGCUGCGGCUUGGAGAAGCUUCCUCGAAAGCCUGAGGAAGAUGCAAGGUGGGAGAAGAUCAAGGCAAGCAAAGACCUUGAGGAUGGUGGAGAGUAUGACUUCAUUGUUGUGGGUGCUGGUUCUGCUGGAAGUGUGGUGGCCUCUCGCCUGGCAGAUGCAGCGACGGCUGAUGGGCGGCCUUGGCGGGUGCUGGUUCUAGAGGCUGGCUCCUGGACUGAUUCUGAGGAUGCAGCUCACCCAGACCGGGCAACGCAAAGACAAGAAGCUUGGUGGCCAGCAGUGGAGGUGAACUGGAGCCUUGGAAAGGAAGGAAGGACCUGGAAAUAUGCCACAGGAAGAGGGGUUGGAGGAACUGCCAGCGUGAACUCCAUGAUCUAUACGCGCGGCUCUGUUUCAGAGUACGAGGCGUUCGGUUGGCGGACAGCGGAUGUGAUCAGUGCCUUCAAGAGUUUGGAGGCUCCGAUGGAAGCACCUGGUUUCGACGUAGCAGUUGACUUUCAUCGUCCUCUUCCACAAGGUGCAUUUGGAGAAAGCCCCGAGAAGCCAGGCUGCCAUUUGACGCUCAUCUCUGCACUUUCAGAGGAGUUGCCCCCCGUCUUUCGUCAACUUCUCCGGGCAUUUGAGCGUAUCAACGUGCCCUUCAGGGUGGAUCCACAUGGCAACAUCACCAUUCAUGGAGUCGGCGGCAUUUGGCGCUCAAUGGGCUGUGGCCAUCCAAGAUGCCAGCCCACACGGCUUUCCCGCGUGCAACUUGCUGCAGGUCGUCCACGAUCUACGACUUACCAAAAUCUGGCUUCACACCUUCGUAGUUCUCCAGCUCACAGGUUUCAGACGUUGACCCACGCUUAUGCAGAGCGCGUUGUUUUCGAUGGUGACAAGGCCAUCGGAGUUGAGGUGUCCAUUGCAAGUAGUCCCAAGGCUGUUGACCAGCGCCUCCGAUUUCGUGCUAAGAAAGAAGUGAUACUGGCCACCGGAGUGCUUGCAACACCAAAGAUCUUGACUUUGUCGGGAAUUGCUGAGCCAAAGGAGCUUGAGCGUCUCGACAUACCUGUGGUUGCUUCUUCGCCCUCAGUGAGUCGAUAUUUCCACGAGCAUGUGGGGUUGUCCAUUGUUGCCCAUACUAAUGUCCCUUGCCCAGAAGGUUUCCAUCUCACUGAAGAUGGCAGCACGACACACUUGGGCAAUACGGACCAGUUCAUUGGGCAAAUCUAUGCCUUCAUGAAUGCCACAAACAACACGCCAGGUGCCGCUGGACCCUUGGACACAGAGGUGAUGCUGUUGGAGGGAUGUCUUGAAGGUCAUCUCACGUUGACUUUCACCCUUAUCCUUUUGCAAGCCCGAACACGUGGCAGGCUAGUGGUGCAGUCCAGAAACCCAUUCUCGUCACCGCAUCUGGACUACAAACCUCUGAGCAAUAGUGAGGACAUCCAGGUCCUGGCCAACGCCAUUCGCUUGCUCUACCAGGGGGUCUUCGCGUCGCCUGAACUGGCGCCAUUCGAGUUGGGUGUGAGUCCCGGCAUGGAGGUGAUUGGAGACUUCCACGAGCUGGCGCAAUGGAUCCGGGCCAACAUCUACUACUACUCGCACCCUACUGGGACUGCUCGUAUAGAACGAGCUGGGGAGCCUGGCGUGGUAGACUCAGAGUUGCGGGUUCUCGGCACCCGAAACCUUCGAGUUGCAGACACAUCCGUUUUUCCAGAGUCCCCAAGUGGGCAUUCGGAUGCACCUGCAAGAUUGGCGGGCGAGCUGUGUGCGCGCUCCAUUCUCUCCAAUAUACAGAAAGAAGAAGUGGAUAAGGAGGUUGCAGGUGGACCUUCUGUGCAGCUGCGGGGGUAUCCUGUGCGCAUGCCGUUGAGAGGCUUUGGCACCAAUGGCUUUCAGGGUGAGAAGGUCAAGAAUUCCCUAAGAUCCUUCUUCCAGCUGGGUGGGAGGAUGAUUGACACUGCGCUGCUCUAUGAAAACCACCGGGACAUUGGGGAAGCUCUGGCCGCUGGUACUGUGCCACGCGAGGAGGUGUUCCUCAUUUCCAAGAUUCCACCAACUGAAAUGGGUGCAGAGGAGACUUAUACCGCAGUCCAGAGAGCAGUGGAUGAACUUGGCACGCACCUGGAUUUGGUACUGCUCCACUGGCCAGCCAACUUCGACAAGAAGGCGCCGUUGCCCCGAUGCGCUGCUGCUGGUUGGCGCAGUUGUCGAGCACAAGCCUGGCGCGGCAUGGAGCGCGCGCAAAACGAGGGAAAGGUCCGUGCGCUGGGCGUUUCCAACUUUGGGGUGCGGCAUUUGACCGAGCUCCUGGCCGAUGGCCCCUCCUUGCCAAUCGCUGUGAACCAGGUGGAGAUGCAUCCAUGGUGGCCCCAGCUUCGUUUGCAAAAGUUCUGUCGCGAGAAGCACAUCCAGCUCAUUGCCUACGGAUCUUUGGGUAGUUCAUUGCUGGGUGGUGCCACCUUGCGGUCACCAGCCGUGGUCAAGGUCGCCAAGCGUGUUGGCCGGACGCCUGCGCAGGUUCUCCUCCGCUGGGCAAUACAGCAGGGCAUUGCUGUGAUCCCGUCGAGCUCCUCUGUUGGAAGGAUGGAAGAGAACCUGGCAAUCUAUGGCUGGGAUCUCUCGGCUGCAGACAUGGAGGACCUGAAAGUCUAUCCUGCUGAUCGGAUGCGCAUCUUCCUGCCUGAUCCGGAGAAUGCACCAUAGCUCAUCGAGUGGCAGGUCAUUCUGAGCCAAACUGGGAAUGGGCGAGAGGAUUAAACAGGUGCACAAAGGAACGGGUGUUGCAGGAGAGCUUGGAACUGAUCUUUCACCCCUUUCCAACUUUGCAAGCGCUGCAAGACGGGAAUUUCUCGUUGAGCUGCCAUUUUGCAAGGCGUUUGAGCGUUCUUAGACCGAAGGCCUAUCAGC